AUGAAAAAGGAGAGAAGCUAAAAAAUAGUUUAACUUGCUAAAAUGGUAGCUUAUCAAUCAACUGAUUGCAGCAACUAAGGAGUGAAAUCACAAAGUAAAAUAGCAACAAAUUAUGGAGGAAUACCUCUGAUUACAAAGAAAAAUGCAAGCCCAACACUAAAGCAAGCAUCUAAUCUGCGAGAUCACACAUUCAAGCUAGACUAGACAUUUUCAGAUUAGAAAAUCUUGGUUUCUGAUAGCUAGACUUAUAAACCUAUAAAUUUCUAGCCCUAAAUGAAAUUCUCAAGAUAAAAUAUUGCAAAUAUAGCACGAUAGGAGUACUCUGUGAUGCAAACAUAGACUCAAAAAUAUAUGUUUCCUUAGGAAGUUGACAUCAAUAAAUCUCAAUCUCAAUAAACUUUGAAUUUCACAAUAUAACUUCGUGAAGCUAAGGAGACAUCAGAAUAAGAUUGCAAAUCAGUUAAGGGAGGAUUAAGAAACAAAAAUUAUGAGCAGAUCACUGGAUAAAUGAUCAAUGUUACCGAGAAUGAUUUCAAUGGAACGAUUGAGACAUCUAAUUCACAAGAAAGUUAAAUUGAUUUAAAGAAAAAUAUCAAUUAGUAGAAAGUUAAGAAAUAAGUUAAGUUUCAAGAUGUAUCAUAAACUACAUCUGAAUCUCCAGGAAUAUUUUAGUGCUCUCCAUAUUAUAAAAGUCAAGUAAAAAUAAAACUUCUUGAUCAGAACAAGUUUGCUCAUCUUUAAAGGAAAGAUUAUCAAAUCUUUGAAAAUAGACUUAGUUUGCAAGAUUAAAAGUUUAUACCAAAUUAGAAGAUAGUUAGCUGA